ACCACUACAACCUUACGCUCUGUCGCGCUCUCUCCUUUUUCUACUCCUCUUCUCUCAGGCUAUCGUUUCUUGUCCGAAGACCUGAUCUGCCUUCCAAAAAUAAGUCUUUACCACCAUGGCGAAAGAAGAAAAACAAGAGUGGUAUUUUUAGGGCCAUUAACUUGGACCACGUGCCCCGAAGGUAAACCGGAUGACCAUUGCGCAAAGGUUCCUCAUCAGUAUGUCCAACGAAGCCCGCACGCACUGGACGUUGACUGCAAUUGUACUCUUGGGGUCUUUUUGGGGGAUUGUGUCAUCAUAUCCGAUUCCAAGCAGGACUAAUGCAACUUUAUUGGAGCAAAGAUGGGAGACCCUCUUCUCCCGCUCAGUUCUGGGCAUUUCGGGGGAGAAAUCGGACAUGAACUGGGAGAGCGACUAUUUGCUUGGCAUCAAGAGAGUGCGGCGACUUUACUGCAACGUGGGCAUUGGGUUUCACCUGCAGAUCCUUCCCGACGGCAGGAUAAAUGGUGUACAUAAUGAGAACCAGUACAGUCUAAUAGAGAUCUCUACCGUGGAGAGAGGAGUGAUAUGUAUGUAUGGAGUAAGAAGUGAGCUGUUUGUCGCGAUGAACAGCAGAGGAAGGUUGUAUGGAACGAAAGCCUUCAGGGAUGAGUGCAAGUUCAAGGAGACCUUGCUGCCAAACAACUACAAUGCUUAUGAGUCUUCGGUUUACAAAGGCUCCUACAUCGCCCUCAGCAAAUAUGGCCGCCCGAAGAGAGGCAACAAGGCCACGACCGCCAUGACUGUCACACACUUCCUCCCCCGAUUAUUAUGAUGAAAACUGGCAAUAACUCACUAAUUUGCACAUGCGGAUGUUUGCCCAGGUAAUAUAGGGUUACACAAUAUAUAUACACCACUACAGAAGGACUCCAAAAACGAAACUAGUAUUUAUUCUCAUUAUAUAUGUAUAUUUGGAUCGCUACCUAGGUGUUAGAACUUAUGUAUAUAUGCCAUUCUUUGCUGCUUACGUUAUUUGUCAUUAUGGAUUAAGGAGUUGCCAGUGUCUUCACUUUUACUUCAGUGCUUGAAGUAACAGUAGCGUGUGCUCACGUCUUAGGAGGGAAAUGGAUACUUUGUAUUGCAUCAAAGAACCAAUUGACUGGAUACAGGGAUGCAUGGAGUUGCUGUAUGCUGAAAAUAAUCCAUAGUUUAUCCUUUCUCUGAGAUCUUGGAGCACUUUCUGGUUCACUCCCCUGUCUUAAAGAUUGUUUUUCCUCCAGCAAGAAGGGGAAUUGAGAAUAACACUACUUAAAUGCACUUCCCUUGCUGCACGAUGUGAAGGUGCCUUGAUGUUCCCACAUGUCACCCCUAAACCUGCAUGUAAGAGACACCCAUCAGAGUCAGAAAUAGGGCUGACGCUGAGUAGGGCCUCAGGGGGCAGGACAGUCUCUGGUUUAUUUUCUUUUUGUGUUAUUAGGUAGAUUUAGAUUAAUAUACGCUUUGGUAUGGAGAAAGUUCUGAAAAUAAUGACUCAACUAGUGGUGUGGGAGCGAGAUAAAGAAACUCAGUUGCAGACCUUAAUUAGAAGUUUAUCCACUAUUUGGAUCUCUCUUCUCCCCACAAGGUCAUUUGAACAUGGUGGUUGGGUGCAGUAUACGUUACAGACUGGACUUAAUCCGCCAUUGGCUCAGAGCUUGUUUGCAUCAUGGCUUGAAAUGAAAGAAAAGGCAAUAACAUAGUAAUGCAUACACUAAAACCUGUAUCUGUUCACAAACUGGGAUACUGCUGAAGUACCCAAGAGCUUCAGCGUUUGGCUUUGGGUGAGUUUGUGAAAUGUCUAAUCGCAAGCUUUUAUGCAUCGCCAUAGAUAAGAGUGUAGUAGGCCAAUGGCAAAUAAUGUAAAUAUUGACAAGUGUGAAACAUAGAAAAAACGAGAACCAGGAGCUUUAUAUUAUUUGAAUCUCAAUCGGCUGGGAGUUGCGUAGUUCAGGUUGCACAAUGACCACCGGUGAUGGUGCCUAAGGUCUUCUUUUGUCGGGGAGAAUUGUUCCCAUGUUUUAUUGUUAUUUAUUUGUUUGUUAUUGUGCUUACUCUUAGUUUCCAUAGAGUUUACUUUUGAGGUGAUCCUCCUAGAUCAGUGUGCUCCACAACUGCAAUGCAGUGGCAGAGAGUUGUUGUAAGCAGUAGUUGGAUGUUUUUAAAUUUGUGCAUCAGAAACUCUGUCCUAAAGUCAGUUUUUGGCACCGGACAGAAGAACAUGCCAAUUCCUCAUAGAUGAUAGUAUUCUUUGAUCUAGUGCUGUUUACUUGAAAAUUGAAGUCACCCUCCAGGAAUGUUUUCUUUGCUGGAGCCAAAGACAAGGAAGACGAUUUUAACCUAGGAAAGACCUUGGGGAUGCUUCCUACCUACUGUUUCUGUUGUUUCAAACCUGCUGUACCUAAAGCUGCUCCCAAUAUUUGCAACUUAACCAGUACCAGUACCCCCCUAACCAUCUGUUACCAAUCUUUAACUAGUAUCAGUACCCCCUAACUGUCUGAUACCAAUAUUAAACUAGUACCAGUAACCCCCUAACCAUCUGAUACCAAUCUUAAACUAGUACCAGUACCACAUGCACUGAUACCAACAUUUAUGUAUUACCAGUGCUACAAUCAGCAUUAGAUACAACAUUUUACCAGCACCACCAUCAGCGUUAGAUACAACAUUUUACCAGUACCACCAUCAGGGUUAGAUACAACAUUUUACCAGUACCACCAUUAGAGUUAGAUACAAUAUUUUACCAGUACCACCAUCAGGGUUAGAUACAACAUUUUACCAAUACCACCAUCAGCGUUAGAUACAACAUUUUGCCAGUACCACCAUCAGCGUUAGAUACAACAUUUAACCAGUACCACCAUCAGCGUUAGAUACAUUUUUUUACCAGGACCACCAUCAGCGUUAGAUACAACAUUUUACCAGUACCACCAUUAUAGUUAGAUACAACAUUUACCAGUACCACCUUCAGGGUUAGAUACAACAUUUUAACAGUACCACCAUCAGCGUUAGAUACAACAUUUUACCAGUACCACCUUCAGGGUUAGAUACAACAUUUUAACAGUACCACCAUCAGCGUUAGAUACAACAUUUAACAGUACCACCAUCAGCGUUAGAUACAACAUUUUGCCAGUACCACCAUCAGCGUUAGAUACAACAUUUAACCAGUACCACCAUCACCGUCAGUUACCUCUUAGGAUUCUAGCAAUAACUAAGGAGUUUCCUCUUCUGUCCAUUUUCAGUAUAUGGUCAAAGUGAUGUCCAGCAGUGUUGACUCUGAUUUUGUGUUCAGGCUGGUCUGUUAUCAUCGGUGUUGACCCUGUCUAUGUCCAGGGUGGUCUGUUAUCAUCGGUGUUGACCCUGUCUAUGUCCAGGGUGGUCUGUUAUCAUUGGUGUUGACCCUGUCUAUGUUCAGGGUGGUCUGUUAUCAUCGGUGUUGACCCUGUCUAUGUCCAGGGUGGUCUGUUAUCAUUGGUGUUGACCCUGUCUAUGUCCAGGGUGGUCUGUUAUCACACGUGUUGAUGUUGUCUAUGUCCAGGGUGGUCUGUUAUCAUUGGUGUUGACCCUGUCUAUGUCCAGGGUGGUCUGUUAUCACACGUGUUGAUGUUGUCUAUGUCCAGGGUGGUCUGUUAUCAUUGGUGUUGACCCUGUCUAUGUCCAGGGUGGUCUGUUAUCAUCGGUGUUGACCCUGUCUAUGUCCAGGGUGGUCUGUUAUCAUCGGUAUUGACCCUGUCUACGUCCAGGGUGGUCUGUUAUCAUCGGUGUUGACCCUGUCUAUGUCCAGGGUGGUCUGUUAUCAUUGGUGUUGACCCUGUCUAUGUCCAGGGUGGUCUGCUAUUUGGAUUGUCCUUUGGAGUCUUACCCCAUUAAAACCUUAUUUUACUCCAGUGUUUUUGAAAAAUCUAGUAUGUCAGAUCAUCAGUUCUUGCAUAUAUACCUCUGUUUGCUGCUACAGCACUCAGAUGUUUACGAAAACUGAUGGCAUGUAAACAGUUUGUUUAUUAAGUCACCAGCUGUUGCUUUAAGUAUAAAAAUAUAGUUGUAAUUCUUCAUACUUAAUUGCCUGGCUGAGAAUGGAUGUGUCUGAAAUCUACAGUUAGUUGAGUUUAUCAAAGUUCAUUCAUUUUUGAUCCUCUCAUAUCCCUUCUCUCACACACGCGUGCGAAGCCUACAUCCUAAUGCUUCCGGGGCGGGGACCUCUGCAGACUUAAUACAGUACAUGAGGCAAAGAGCUGAGUCAGUGUAUGACUCUCCUACCAGUUCAUUGUGCCUGGCAGGCUCGUUAGGCUUCUGUGACGUCAACCAUCCAUCUGCCCUAAAGGAAUCAUUUAGCUUUGAGAACCAAGUCUCCAGUGUCAAAAAACUGUGCACGACAGUUUCCAAACACUCCUCCAACAGCCCCUAUCAUACACUUUUGCGAUCUUAACAGAGAGGUCUUUGGACAGUUAUUUUAAGACGUUUUGUGGCUUAUUGGAGUAUUGCAGGGGAGUUUCAUAUUCCAGUGUAACUGUGAAAUGGUUCUCCACAGUUUCAAAUAUAACUUGAGGUUAUUUUGGGGAUUUAUGGUUGUUAAUGGCAGUGUUUAUCUGUACAUGUGUUAAAGAUUUGGCACAGGAAUUCACUUUUAGGAAGGAUUCUUGACCAUAGAAAUAACCAGUCACACGGUGUGGAGGAGUGUAUCAAAAUUCCCUUUAAUAAUUUGUGGUAAUGAGAAAGAAUGCACUGAAGGUUAAUCACUGACUGACUAUUGGCUAAAUAGAGAAGAUUAAGCCUUGUUGCCAUUGUGCCUGCAUCUGGUAUUAUAUUGAACAUUUACGGUAUAGUUAUUGACAGUGCUCAAAGUAAAAACAAAAGGAUCGUCAGAAACACAGUGCUGAUAGAAGUAAGGCAAAUAUUUAUUUAUUAGGAUACACACGAGCUCAUUUGAAAUGCAGAACUCUAUUCUCAUGUCAACAUAGCAGGAUUUGAAGUGGACUUGACCCUUUGUGUGUAUUUGUGUGUGCGUGUCUUGCCUGCCCUUCCUUGAAGUCAACAACGUAUAUCAUGUCCAAAGGUGCACCUUAUCAAAGACCUUAAAAAUGUUGAAAGUAGAGCUAUUUAUUAAGAGUGUUUGCAUUCUUAACAUUAGCUAAACCUACUGUAUAAAAUGCUGUAUUUCCUGAGCUUGGUAACAGGGCUGUGGUAAUUGUACACUGGAAGGCUAAAUAUUACAGGUUCUUAUUCUGUUCUGUAUCAGCCUUGACCAAAAACGUAAAACUAAAACUCUAGUUUGUUUUGAAAAAUAUUGGUGACAUUUCAUGUGUUUAUUCAUUUCAAAGAAGACAUCUUAUUACCAUGCUCAGUGUACCAAAAGUUGUAUGGGUCUGAACAUGUUUUCCUGGAAUGGCAGCACAUCCUCUCUCUUGGUUUCCAGCCCUGCACUAAGGGGAGUGAGCUUCCACCUAUCCCCUCCUCUCUGCUAACAUACUAUACCUCACCUUCUGCCUUAGUUUGGAUUUAUUACGACGAUUGUAAAAUAGUAAGAAACAACGUCCUUCUGCAAUCAUUUUUUUCUGAAAAACUAAUGACGCUACGUAAGAAUGAAUAUAUAGAAAAAUGUUUUUCCUUUUAUUUUUGUACGUAUGUGCUGAGCACAGCAGUUUACUGUAUUCCUGAGAUACCAAUAAAAGUUUGUUUCAUACAUGUGGUAGGCUGUUUUGUUGAGCCCUAUGGUUUUGUCAAAGAUGA